CGAUUAUCGCGUCGCUCCUUCUAAACUACUCCACCUAAACGAAAACUUCAAGGUUGUAAGAUGUUUGCGAUGUAUUAUGUACAGAAUCUUUAAAGUUUGUUCGAAUUCGACGUGUAACAAAUGAGGAAAAUGCUCAUCGGAAAAAUAAUAAGGUUCGUUUUAGCUCGAACGAUUAGGAUCAAACGCUGCCUAGGCUGGUUUGGUUUGGUUCGAUGGCCGAUGGCACUCUCAUCAUCAAACUUUAAGCUAACAGCUUCCCCCCACACAAUUUUACCGGACCCCUGGACUCCUCCAUCAUUGGCAUCCGUCCAGCCGGGACGUAAAUCAUUGCAUACACCCAAAAACUUUAGGUACCCGUCUCAGUUUUGCUUUUUUUAUUUUCCUUCUUUUGUUCUCUAAACGGCAAAGGACUUCCCACCAUCUUUCUACUCCAUACAGAAUGGGGUAACUGGAUCAUAAUUGAUACAGGUAUCCGACGCCAUGGAUACGCCAGUGGGUUCUUCCGUUGCUUUACCGCCGACACGUGUUCUGGAUUUUGGAUGCUGGCACACUUGUAA